AUGCGCCUCUCUUCGAUUUCAAGUCUCGCUCCUGAGGCGAGUGAGGAGAUAAAUACCGUCAAGACGGCGGUGGUUCAGGUUUCUGGAACAGCCGUUGAAGAUCAGAGUACUGAAAAGAGCAGUAAGGCGGAUGUUGAGAAACAGCCACAGUAUUCAAGUCCAGAGAAUUUCAGAAACGUUCGAUCUCGGAUAACAAUCACUGAAUCAGCCAUCAUGAUCCUCUGUAUCGGGAUCAUACUUGCAGUCUUGGUCUACUGCGGCAAAGUCGCCAGUCACCCUCUCAGCAGCAGCAGCAGUACCAACAAUGGCGACGACAAACAGCACGACAACGACAACAUCCCCAAUGAUUUUACCCAAUAUGUAAACAUCUGGCUCGGCACCCAGGGCGGCGGAAACGAUGACCCCGCUGUCUCCAGGCCGUUUGGCAUGGUCAAACUCGGCCCUGACCUGUACGUGUCAGGCACAGAUUCAUAUUCAGGCUAUUUACCGCAUGGUGUGUUCUCGGGGUUUAGCAUGAUGCACGAACAGGGGACUGGGGGUGCACCCAAGUAUGGCGUCGUCAGUCAAUUACCGCUUGUAGGCACUGUGGAGCAGCCAUUGUCGAAUUUGACGGUGGGCAGACAGAUGGCUGAUGGGGGCAGUGUGGGAUAUUACAAGGCCGUCACGAGUGAGGAUGUGGUUGUUGAGCUGGCAGCUGCAAAUAGGGCGGGGAUGUAUCAAUACACAUUUCCUGUCGGAGCCGAAAGUGGUAGUGUGCUGGUUGAUGUGUCGCAUGUUUUGCCUUCGUUUAGAGGGCAGGGGUUGAGUCAGGGGUAUGCCGGGGGAGUGAUUAGUGUUGCUCAGGAUGGCCAUUAUGAGGGAAUUGGGAUAUAUAAUAAUGGAUGGAAUAGGUCGCCGGAUUGGACUAUUUAUUUCUGCGGAUACUUCAACACCACCCCCAUCAGCAACACGACAUACCUUGCAACCGACGCAGACGGCAGCAUCGCCCAGGCCAGUGGAACGGCCAUCUCGAAUUCGAGCUCCGUCCGAGUAGGCAGUCUGUUCACCUUCAACGCUUCCACGGUGACAUCUCGGGUCGGCAUAUCCUGGCUCUCAACCUCUCAGGCAUGCACAAACCUGCAGAACGAGAUCCCAGCAGACAUACCCUUUGGCCAAGUAGUCAACGACACAAAAUCCAUCUGGAACAAGCAAGUGCUCUCCAAAAUCACAACGUCAGCCACAAACUCAACUACGCUGGAACUACUCUAUACAUCGCUGUAUUACAUGCACCUCAUCCCCACGAACCAGACAGGCGAGAAUCCAGGCUGGACCUCGGAUGAGCCUUAUUAUCAGGAUAUAUUUACUUUUUGGGACCUCUUCCGCUGCGGCACCUCCCUAAUGCAAAUCCUCCAACCAACGGCCUACGAAGAACAAAUCCGCUCUCUGAUCGACAUCUACCGGCACGAAGGGUACAUGCCCGAUGCGCGCUCCUCAAACUACAACGGCCGAACCCAGGGCGGCUCAAACGCCGAUAACGUCCUUGCCGACGCUUAUGUCAAGGGUGUCCGGGGCGCGGUCAACUGGACGGAUGGCUACGCGGCCAUGGUGAAAGACGCCGAAGUCACGCCGCCGAAUACGGUACCACCCGAUCCAAUGGCUCCGGAUUCAUCGACUAAGGAAGGCCGAGGCGCGCUGCCCGACUGGAAGGAAUAUGGCUUCAUAACGCCUACAUACACCCGGGCAGUGUCGAGGGCGGUGGAGUACGCAUACAACGACUUUGGGCUUUACCAAGUUGCGCUGGGUCUCGAACGGACCAACGACGCAGCGAAAUAUCUGAACCGAUCUCGCAACUGGCGGAAUCACUGGAAUCCAAGGGCUACUUCUCUCGGGUUUAGUGGGUUCGUCGUCCCCCGCGAUGCGUCUAGCGGAUUUCAGAGUAUCGAUGUCCUGUCUGCUUCGGGGUAUUGGGGCGAUGCAUGCUACGAAGCGAGUCCGUGGGCAUACUCGUUUACCGAUGUGCAUGAUGCGGCGCACAUGAUCGAUCUAAUGGGUGGGGAGACGCUAUUCGAGGCGAGACUAAAUGCUACGUUCGAAGAAGGCGCGGAUGAGACGAGUGGUUCGUAUAUUUUCGAUCCGACUAAUGAACCAAUGUUCACAAUCCCCUACCUAUACAACUACAUAAACCGCCCGGAACUCACAGUCCUGCAUGCCCGCCACAUCGCAAAGACAUACUACAACACCGGCGCGACAGGUCUACCGGGAAACAGCGACGCAGGCGCAAUGCAGACGUGGUUGAUCUGGAACAUGAUCGGGUUGUACCCGGUCACGGGACAAACGACGUUUCUGAUCCAUUCGCCUUGGUUCGAUCACUUGUCUAUCGAUCUGAGUGGUGGGAAGACGCUUAAUGUGACGUCGACCGGGGGCGAUAAUAAUGGUGACGCCGACUAUUUUGUGCAGAAGGUCAAAGUGAAUGGGCAGUCGUGGGAAAGGAGCUGGUUGUCCUGGGAGGAUGUGUUUGUGGAGGGGGGCGUGGUCGAGUUUGAGUUGGGGAGUGAGCCGGUGCAGUGGGCGAGGGGGGAUGUGCCUCCUAGUCCUGCAUCGUAA